GUGGCGGUGGCAGCGGCAAUAGAAGCUGCGCUGCGUGUGAAAGACGAAUUUGGUAGCAAAAAUUGUUGGGCUAUAUUCAGUUAAGAUGUGCAUUUCCAGCGGUGCGAACGUGUCGCGGACGCGUCAGCUGGCCGAGUAGCCAAAAGUACUUCAAAAUAAAAGUACCAAAGUAGCCAAAAGAACGGGCAACAGUUCCCAGCGCAAUCAGUUGAGCCAAGUUAUGCACACGCCCGAUUGAAUUGACUAAAAAUUCGUUGCGCGCGUUCAGCUUGUAAAUAAACAAAAAAAAGAAUAAUAGCCGGCUGAUCGAAAUAAGUGAAUGAGUAACAAAAGAUACAAAAACGAUUCGUUGCCAUCAAAUUAAAUGAAAUCGAAUCAAUUUACAAACUGUUGAUCGAAAACCGCGAGUGUGCAAAAAGGGCAAAUCAACAACAAAACAAAAACUAAGUGCGAAGCGAAGUCCAAAGUGAGGAGGGACGAGACAGUGGACGCUAUGUGAAUAAUUGUUUGCCAGCCGUUCGAGCAGAUCGAUGAGAUCCAGAUCAAGAUCGAGAUUCAGAUCGUGGGGAUCAUAUGCCGCCAAGGCGAUGAGCCCCAAUUGUAAAUAGUCAACACACAUAAUUAGCGGGCAGUCUUUUUCUAUUUGUAUUCGUGUAUAUCGUAUAUCUAUGUAUGUUAUGUGAUUCUCUACCUAUCUAUCUGUCUAGAUAUCUACUAUAUAUGAAUGUAUGUGUAUACGUAUGUAUGUGUUGUUUUAUUCAACCAUAUACAUAAUUAAUUAAAAAGUCGCGCGCGCGUUUCGUUCGACGUGAUCGAUGCAAGCGUAAAGAAAAAUUUAAAAUAAUAAAUAAAUAAACGCGCACCACGCACAUAGCAACAACCACAACAAAAAAAAACACAAGUUUCGGUGCAAAACGGGUAAAACAUAAUCGAAUAAUUUGCGAAUCGCAAAACUAUGCUUAGGCAUUAUUAGAUAAAUUGUUAGAUUUAAUUGGGUGUUAGCGGAAACACACUCUGAAUACAAUUCACACUCACUCACUACGCGCAAAAGGAAUUCGAAAUUGCCGGCCGCAUUUUCCCCAACAUUUUCCCAACCAACAAAAAAAAAACGAAAAGAAUUUUAUUAUAAAUAUCUCUAAGCGAAAGCUAAACUGAGUGCGCCAGCAUGGGACCAAUCAAACGAUAGACAGAGAUAGAAUCAAAUUAAAAACAACAAUAAAAAUAACUACACCAAGAUGGACUACGCCAAGGUGGAGGCAAGCAUCAACACGGGCAACAUCAGCACCGAUGAUUUCCUCGCCGUCUUCACAAGUGGCACAACAACAACCACAGCUGCCACACUGGCGGCAGCUGCCAUUGGCAGCACUAUCUCCAGCUCCAGCUCCAGUUCAAGUGGCACCCUCAAUCCGCCCCUGGUGACAGUCGAUGGUCAAGUGCAGCUGCCGAAUCUGCUGGAUUUGCAGUCGCCGGUGAAUGACACGAUCUACCUGCUCAAUGGCAGCUUCUACAACAACAGUCUCCAGCUGGCGGGCAGCUAUUACAAUCAGACGACGGGUAACCAGAGCAGCGGACUCGGUGGCUUACUGGGGAAUAGCAGCAAUGCCACCGAGGUGCAUUGGGAUGGACGUUAUCCCAGUGGUUAUACGUUGACGCACAUUGUGAUUGCAUCGAUCAUUGUGACCAUACUGAUGAUCAUCAUUGUGGUGGGCAACAUGCUGGUGAUCAUUGCCAUUGCCACCGAGAAAUCGCUGAAGAACAUACAGAACUGGUUCAUUGCCUCGUUGGCCGUCGCCGAUUUCUUUCUGGGAUUGAUCAUUAUGCCCUUCUCGCUGGCCAAUGAGCUGAUGGGCUAUUGGAUCUUUGGCAGCUGGUGGUGUGACAUUCAUUCGGCCAUGGAUGUGCUGCUGUGCACCGCGUCCAUUAUGAAUCUGUGCCUCAUCUCGCUGGAUCGCUACUGGAGCAUCACAAAGGCCGUCGACUAUCUGAAAUCCCGUACACCCGCCCGUGCCGCUGUCAUGAUUACGGCUGUGUGGAUUAUGUCCGCGCUCAUCUGUAUUCCGCCGCUGCUCGGCUGGAAGGUCAAGAUGCCCGAGGGUGAUCUGCCAAAGUGCGAGCUAAGCGAGGACAUUGGCUACGUGCUCUAUUCGGCGCUCGGCUCCUUCUACAUACCCAGCUGCAUUAUGGUAUUUGUGUACAUACGAAUUUACUUUGCCGCCAAGGCGCGGGCGAGACGCGGCAUUAAAAAACAUCCGCGUAAAACAAACAACGAACAGGUUACGAGCUUCACCACCGCCAACAAGAAAGGAACAAUACCGAUGCCAUCCUCCAGCGGCGCAACGCAGCUGCAGCUGCAUCAGCAGCGACAGAUAGCCACCAUUGAGACACCACCGAACAGCGCGACGUUACCUAUGCAAAUACCGACGGUAACUAUGGAUCUUGCCUCCGAUAUAUCCACCUCGGAAGCGGGCGAACUCGAAGCUGUUGCAGCCCAGGCUGCAGCACUCGCCUAUGCCAAUCCCAAUCAAUGCCUGAUAAAUGCAAAUGCGGCUGCAUCCGCAGCGAGCAGUGUGCCCAGCUCACCGAAAGAAACGCUGCAGGUCAGCACGAUUGCAACGGGUCGCGGUGUUGGCCUCAAUGUGCCCGUGCCGCCGUCCAUGGGCAGCAGCAACUCUAUCAAUGUGCUGAAUAACAACAACGGCAGCGUGGCCACCGAUGUUGCUGUCAACACCACGGGCAAUGCGACCGUGGCGAAUAACAACAGUGGGGUAGCCAGUGGCGGCAAUGCGGCGGUGGCAACUAGCAAUGAGUUGCGCGUCUCGCCGAUUGCCGGACGAUGCCGGGCGUUGUCGGUGGGCAUCGAUACGGAUAUGGUGAGUGAAUUCGAUCCUUCCAGCUCGGACUCGGGCGUGGUUAGUCGCUGUGCGGUAGUCAAACCGCUCAAGUUUCGCCUUUGCCAGCCCAUCUUUGGUCGCAAAUCGAACCAGCAGCGACGCAACGAGUCCAAGGCCGCCACAGUUGCGGCCAAAAACAGCGCAGCCGCUGCGGCAGCCAAGAGCAAGGAGCUGGCGGCCAAAACGGAACUGGAGCCGGCCAUACCGAAAACGCCGAAACCGAGGGAUCCCGAGAAGGAGAAGCGACGCAUUGCGCGCAAGAAGGAGAAGCGAGCGACGUUGAUAUUGGGUCUAAUCAUGGGCAGUUUUAUUGCCUGCUGGCUGCCGUUCUUCUUUCUAUACAUUUUGGUGCCCGCUUGUAGCAGUCAUUGCAAUAUACCGGAGUCGGCGUUUGCGAUUGCAUUCUGGUUGGGCUACAUGAAUUCGGCGCUCAAUCCGGCCAUCUAUACCAUCUUCAACAAGGACUUCCGGCGCGCCUUCCGACGCAUCCUGUUCAAGUGAUGUUUGGCCUAUGUGUGCUGUUACAGGUGCGUUUAUGCGAGCAUCGAGAAGGCUACCGAACGUGCCAUGGGCAGCACACCCAUGGGCUAUGGGCAUGGCAUGUAUCAGCAUUACAGGCGUUAGAUUUGCUUCGUUUACACCGACUUCUGCUUCUACUCUUUCAACUUUUCAGUUCAUUUUCGUUCGUAUUUGUGUUGUGUUUACAGUUAGUUAGUUAGCAUUUCUUGGCAUUUCUUUUUAUUUCCCUUGAAAAGUAACGAACAUUGUAGCUCAUUUCAAAAGCAAUGAACGGCUGUGAAUUUGAUGGAAUCUCUCAAUUUCAGUUUACGCGUUUUUUAGUUGCAUUUCUAAGGCUCUCCUCGAACCACGAAACGUACACAUACCC